UGGCUGGGGGCUCCCCUGUAGGGGGGGGGAGGGACACCAGUGUAGCCUCCGUGUGGGUGGGGAGUGCCCCAUGGCCAGCUCCCCGCGAGAGUGGGUGGGUUGAGGGGUCGCGUUGGAGAGUGAGCGCCCUUGGCCAAAGGGUGCCAGGCACAGGUAAGAUCCUCGCCUUGCACGUGGUUUGCCGUCAGCACUUUGCAAUAUCGGCUAUGGCGGCUGCUCUCCUAAAGCUGCUCCCUCUAGACCCAGGGGACGAAGGCACGCAAAGAUGCAGGAUGGGACCUGCCACGAUAUCCACUCUGGGAGCCGGGCUCGGAUCCCCAGUUAGGAUCACGGUUCCUGGCGGCUGCUGUUUGUGCACCGCCUGGCCCAGAAAUGAUUUGGCUGAUGGUUACCUGCAGCUUGAUCUGAAAUGUAAAACUUCAGGUUUAGCUGCAAGCAAGUUGAAAGAUCUUGUGCUGAGUGUCAGUCACUUGAAGCUUUUGGCCUGUCACCGGUUGAGAAAAGUAACAGUGAAAGUGGUCCUUAAGAACCUUGCCCUGAAAAAAUCCACCCCAGAAGCAACACUACAGGAGAUAAUCAAAGAGCUGCUGAGAAAUGUGUAUGUUUCUCUUCACCAUGUUGUUACUACUGCCCCAAUUCCUGGAAAUCCAGUGGUGUGUGUUGAAAUACUGGCUGGAGAUGCUUUGACAGAACAAGCUGGCCUGAUAGCUCCCAAAACUAAUAUAAACAUUAAAGAAGUAGUCACUUUAGAAUGGUACAGACACUUGUCAAAGGACACCGCAAAAAUUUCAGCUGCAGGAAUGGAUGAUUUGGGCAGCUCUUUGAAAGAGAUGAUUGUUUUGCCUUUCCAUUUUCCCAAAACCUUCAAGAAGUUGGGUCUUUCUGUCCCUCGUGGAGUACUGUUGGUGGGCCCUCCAGGUGUGGGGAAGACUCUUCUCAUAAAGGCAGUUGCAAGGGAAGUGGGGGCAUAUUUGCUUUGUAUCAGUGGUCCAGCUAUAUAUGGCUCAAGGCCUGGAGAAAGUGAAGAGAAUUUGCGAAGAGUUUUUGAACAAGGCAGGGAAUUGUCCAGUGAAGGACCAACCAUUCUCUUUAUUGAUGAAAUUGACUCUUUGUGCCCUAAACGGGGAAGUUCAAACAGCAUCCCUGAAAAUCGUAUUGUUGCUCAAUUGUUAACUCUUAUGGAUGGCAUAGGCAGUGAAAAUGAGAUGGUCAUCAUGGCAGCGACAAACAGGCCCGAUGCCUUAGAUCCUGCACUGAGGAGACAUGGUAGAUUUGACCGAGAGGUUAUCGUUGGGACACCAACACUUAAACAGAGAAGGUCUAUUCUACAGUUGAUUACUUCUAAUAUGCCUAUUUCCACUGAUGUUGAUUUGAUCAACCUAGCAGAAAUGACAACUGGAUAUGUUGGAGCUGAUCUUACGGCACUCUGCAGAGAAGCUGCUAUGCAGGCUGUCCUCCACAGCUGUUUGGAUUCAGUUCGUACGUUGAUUAAAAUGGCAGAUUUCCAUGAAGCUUUUAAAAAGAUUCAGCCAUCUUCCUUUCGAAGCAGUGUUGGACUAACUGACUUUAAACCUGUUACCUGGGAACAAAUUGGUGGUCUUGAAGAUGUGAAAUUAAAGUUAAAACAGAGUAUUGAGUGGCCUAUGAAGUUUCCUCAGGCUUUUGUGAGGAUGGGACUGUCUCAGCCAAAGGGUAUUCUCCUAUAUGGGCCACCAGGAUGUGCCAAAACCACUCUGGUGAAGGCUGUGGCCACAAGCUGCCAUUGUUCCUUUCUUUCUGUUAGUGGUGCUGACCUUUUUUCACCUUAUGUUGGAGAUUCAGAGAAGAUUUUGUCUCAGGUUUUUCGCCAAGCAAGAGCACAUACUCCAGCAAUAAUAUUCCUGGAUGAGAUUGAUUCUAUCCUAGGAUCUCGAUCAGCCUGCAAAACUGGACAUGGUGCCCCAGAGAAGGUUCUGUCUGUCCUUCUUAAUGAAUUAGAUGGUGUUGGCAUUAAAGUCACAGAGAGAAGAGGAAAUAAAUUACAGCUUGAAGGUGAUUGUCAAGAACAAAAUGAAAAGGAGAGACAGAUAGAGUUUCAAGAAGUUUUGAACAAAGAUGUCAUGAUAGUCGCUGCAACAAAUAGACCAGACAAGUUGGAUGAUGCCUUGUUGCGCCCUGGAAGGUUAGACAAGAUCAUCUAUAUUCCACCUCCAGAUCAGAAGGGAAGGCUUUCUAUUUUGAAAAUUUGCACAGAAAAAAUCCCAAUAGAUUCUGAUGUGUCAUUAGAACACCUAGCAGUUCAAACCAAACUCUUUUCUGGAGCCGAUAUUGAAAAUCUCUGCAAGGAGGCUGCUUUGCAGGCAUUACAAGAGAAUGGACUUGAAGCAACUAGUGUGAAACAUGAGCAUUUUGUAAAAUCACUGAAGACUGUAAAACCAUCAUUAACCCUCACAGAUUUGGAUUUUUAUGAAAAAUUAUUUAAUAAGGAAGUAUCCUCUUAAACCAGAAAAAUCUGAAGAAUGACAUGCAAAAAUUGAAAGAAGGAUUGAAAGGCUAUAUAUAUUCAUUCUGCUGGUUUUUGACAUAGAAGUAUUAAGCAUGGUCUUCCAUAGGACCUUCCACCUCUGCGUCCCAGUCAGUCAGCACUUCUGUGAGCCAGAAUGCAGCUCUUAAGACCAGUACCAGUAAGAGAUCUGACACAGUCUGAGAGGCCAUCCACAACCGCCAGAAAUCUUUGAGGAUUUACACUGCCUGAAAGCUGCCUUUAACUGAAGGCACAAGGUUAUUAAAUCUUAAAUUAAGAUUCAUUUUUUCCAAACCAUUAGAUGAUUGAAUUAAGUAGGUGUUAACAAAAUUAGAUUUUUAAAGUCUGAAUAAUAGUCACUUCUCAUCUCAGUAAGAUUUUUACUACUUUUGUACUAUAAUGUUAUGAUCCUACUAGCUCCCAGUGGUGCAUGAAUAGUCUAAACUAGACAAGAACUAAAUAUCUAGUGCAAAGAAGAAAGCUUUUAGAAAAAAUAACCUUUCAUGCCAUAUUUAUACUUUAAAAAGAAAUAAAAAGGGGAAUAAAUUACUUUUUUCUCGUGCUGUUCACCUUUCACAUAAGGCUAUAUUUGCAAUCAUCAUUUGAAACAGAUUUUUUUUCCCUAUGGACUGCAACUUGUAUUAUCUUGUAUGUGUGCUGCUUUUUAAUAUUGUAUUAUAGUUUUCUGGUUUUGUAUGUAAUAUAGCAAGGUUUUACUUGUUCUAGAUUACAAAAAUCUUUCACAUUAAAGGAAAAAUAAAAGUUAAAAUCUUGUUUGCAUUAAAUAUAAUAGUAUUUUAAAAGUACUGAAUUUUUCAGACAGCAUUCUUCUGAUUGAGGCCUGUUAUUGAUGUAAACGAAACUUGAAUGGCAGAGACUUGCUUAAUUUUUGGGUCCCUUACACUGUAGCUAUUACAUACUUUUCCACAUAGCAGGUUGAUUUGGACUAUACUUUAGUCUGAAUUGUAAGCCAACCCUUUCACAAAUCAAAAAAGUCUUUAUUCAGUAAUAAGCUCUAUCCUGCAUGAUAAAGUCUCUUUCUUAGGGCUUAUUUGACAGUUUAACAAAAUUGAAUUUCCAAGUGUAGAUGAGCCCUUAGAUUAAAACUGUAAGAUAUAUAUUAGGCUGCUACAGACUUGCUUUUGUUUCAAACAGUAUAUGUUUAACUCCUAUAAGGACUCCUUUCUUGUUGUCCCUCAGCUCCCAAAAUCAGAUUGACAGUGCAGCGGAUAUGUACUAUGGUUAUGAAUACUGUAGGAAUUGCUACAUCUUGAUCUAUGAAUAUUGAUAUGCAAUAAUGGUAUGAACACUGUAUAUGUGACUAGGUCAGUGAGGGGAAGAUCUUCUUGUACUGGGUUAUAAGACUGUCCUGUGUGAAUGCACUGUGCUAACUUGAACUUGGCUUAGUGGAAUGUUUUAUAUGCCUAUAAUGCUUGAAUUCAAUGGGAACUGUACAGGACUGCAAUAUAAUGACUUCCCAGAUAAGAAUACCUACAUACACACUAAAAGGACAGUGGAGGACAGCUGUUAGACAUAGGGAUCCUACAUUUAGUCUCCAACAUGCCGUAAAUCUUGUUUUGCCAGGCUGGG